AAUAUGGUGGGGCCUGGGGAGGUAGAUGAUGAGUUGGAGCCAGAAGUACGAGAGGAAUGCAAUGGAAAGUAUGGAACGGUUGUGCAAGUGGUCAUCUUCGAGAUCCCACGGGCAGUCCCUGAGGAGGCAGUUCGCAUAUUCGUCGAAUUCCAGAGAGUUGAGUCAGCAAUCAAAGCUGUUAUUGACCUCAACGGAAGAUUCUUUGGUGGCAGACAAGUAAUGGCUGGCUUCUAUGAUCACGAGGACUUCAAGGCAUACAAACUCAAUGAGAGGACUGAGUGAAGUGUGUGUGGGGAACAGACUUGACUCUUCUUUCAUAAAGGAUUUUCAUCAUUUGUCUGUAUUUUGAUUCAUAAUUCUCUCUCUCUCUCUCUCUCUCUCCUCUCUCUCUCUUCUCUCUCUCUCUCUCCUCGUCUCUCUCUCCU